GUUGACGAAAAGGUCUCCAGGAGGAGAUGGAGGCUUGGGUUCGACCGGCUGGUGGAUGUUGGGUUUCAAUCGCCUCGACGAUUCUAAAAUCGAAGUGGUUACAGAAUCUUCUCAAGGCAAUGCGAAAAGGUUGAGGAGAAGUGCUCCAGAAGGAGAUGGAGUCCAGGGUUCGAUCGAGAGAUUUGUAAAAGAUUCUAAUCCUCGCAACGAUGUUGACGCCGCCAUGGCUACAAAAACUCCUCAAGGCGUAAUGAACAUAAAUAGAAAUUCAAACGAGUUCAGCACCAGUAAAGGCUCACCAACGACCGAAGUUAUUGCUUCGGAUCAGAGGAAACGGAAUUCCAAAAGGGUGUACAAAAGAUGCUUCUUUGAUAUGUCUGAAAUUGAUUGCUUUCCUUAAAAUGAAUUGAGCUACUAUAUUAAUCAAAUUUUAUAAAAUAAAUAUUUCUGGAUGUAAGAAAAUUGAUCAUUCUUAAUCAAAAUAAUUUAAAUAAAAA